AGACAACACAUGGGCUCCCUGGUUCACAUUCUGUGGACAGUGAUGAUGGGAUUUACUCCCCAAUCCUGGGCCUCUACUGGAACUCAACCUCAUUCCUUAAAGAUCGAGGGUGACAUCACUCUGGGAGGACUUUUCCCUGUGCAUUCCAGGGGCCCUGCUGGUGUUCCGUGUGGGGAAAUUAAGAAGGAGAAGGGGAUCCAUCGUAUGGAAGCCAUGCUGUAUGCACUGGACCAGAUUAACAGUGACCCAGACCUGCUGCCUAACAUCACACUGGGUGCCAGGAUACUGGACACAUGCUCUAGGGAUACCUAUGCGCUGGAACAAUCCCUCACCUUUGUCCAGGCGCUCAUCCAGAAAGACAACUCAGAUGUUCGAUGUUCCAAUGGAGAGCCACCCAUCAUCCCAAAACCAGAGCGUGUGGUUGGGGUCAUUGGAGCUUCGGCCAGCUCAGUGUCCAUAAUGGUGGCCAAUGUUCUUCGACUAUUUGCGAUACCUCAGAUCAGCUAUGCUUCCACAGCACCUGAGCUUAGUGACAACAAUCGCUAUGACUUCUUCUCUCGAGUCGUGCCACCCGAUUCCUUCCAGGCCCAGGCGAUGGUGGACAUCGUCAAAGCAAUGGGGUGGAACUACGUUUCCACUCUGGCAUCAGAAGGGAACUAUGGAGAAAGUGGUGUAGAUGCUUUUCUCCAGAUAUCCAGGGAAGCAGGUGGUCUUUGCAUCGCCCAGUCCAUUAAAAUUCCUAGGGAGCCCAGGCCAGGAGAGUUUGACAAGAUCAUCAAAAGGCUAAUGGAGACAUCUAAUGCCAGAGGGGUUAUUAUCUUCGCUAAUGAAGAUGACAUCAAGCGUGUCCUGGAAGCAGCAAAGAGAGCCAAUCUUACAGGUCACUUCUUGUUUGUGGGUUCUGAUAGCUGGGGAGCAAAGAGCUCACCCAUCCUGAACCAGGAGGACGUGGCUGAGGGUGCGGUCACCAUCCUACCCAAGCGGGCAUCUAUUGAGGGAUUUGACCAGUACUUCACCACAAGAUCUCUAGAAAACAACAGAAGGAACAUCUGGUUCGCUGAGUUCUGGGAGGAUGACUUCAAAUGCAAACUAACGCGGCCAGGAAUCAGAUCGGAGAGCGAGCUCAGAAAAUGCACAGGAGAGGAACGAAUCACCAGAGAUUCGCCAUAUGAGCAGGAAGGGAAGGUGCAAUUUGUGAUUGACGCGGUGUAUGCUAUGGCCCACGCGCUCCACAGCAUGCACAUGGACCUCUGCCCAGGUGCCAUGGGUGUUUGUGACAAAAUGGAUCCAGUGGAUGGAAGAAUGCUGCUAACAUACAUCCGUGCUGUCAAUUUUAAUGGCAGUGCUGGUACAGGUGUGAUGUUUAAUGAGAACGGUGACGCCCCAGGACGAUACGAUAUCUUCCAGUACCAGCUUUCCAAUUCCACCAACCCGGGAUAUAGAAUCAUCGGCCAAUGGACUAACCACUUACGGCUCAAUGCUGAAGACAUGCAGUGGUCUGGAGGGGAUAAACAGGUUCCAGACUCUGUUUGCAGUUUCCCCUGUGAAUCUGGAGAGAGAAAGAGGAUGGUAAAGGGAGUGCCAUGUUGCUGGCACUGUGAAUUAUGUGACGGCUAUCAGUACCUCCUGGACGAGUUUAACUGUGACACCUGCCCCUUUGAUAUGCGGCCCACCCCGAACCGCACCGGCUGCAGACCUACUCCCAUCAUAAAACUGGAGUGGAGCUCUCCAUGGGCCAUCAUCCCGGUAUUUCUUGCCGUGCUGGGCAUCCUCGCUACAUCUGGAGUCAUCAUCACAUUCAUUCGCUUCAACGACACCCCCAUCGUGCGGGCUUCAGGCCGUGAGCUCAGCUAUGUUCUUCUGACGGGCAUCUUCCUCAUAUAUCUCAUAACAUUCCUCAUGAUCGCUGAGCCGGGCGCUGUGGUGUGCGCCUUCCGCAGGCUGUUUUUGGGGCUGGGAAUGUGCAUUAGUUAUUCUGCCAUGCUCACCAAAACAAAUCGAAUCUACAGAAUCUUCGAGCAGGGGAAAAAAUCUGUCACACCGCCAAAGUUUAUCAGCCCCACGUCUCAGCUGAUCAUCACCUUUAUUCUGAUCUCAGUACAGCUCCUGAGUAUUUUCAUUUGGUUUGGAGUGGUUCCUCCUCACACCAAUAUCGACUUUGAAGAGCUGCGUCCCCCCAACCCCGAGUAUGCACGUGGGAUCCUGAAAUGUGACAUGUCAGAUCUCUCUCUGAUCGGUUGUCUGAGCUACAGUAUGGGGCUGAUGGUCACAUGUACAGUCUAUGCCAUCAAGAGCAGGGGGGUUCCCGAGACCUUCAAUGAGGCCAAACCUAUCGGCUUCACCAUGUACACCACCUGUAUCAUCUGGUUGGCCUUUGUACCCAUCUUCUUCGGCACAUCACAAUCCACAGAAAAGAUGUUCAUUCAGACCACCACGCUGACUGUGUCUAUGAGCUUGAGUGCCACGGUGUCCCUGGGAAUGCUGUACAUCCCCAAAGUCUAUGUGAUCAUCUUCCAUCCAGAACAGAAUGUUCAAAAACGCAAGCGUAGCUUCAAAGCCGUGGCUCAGGCUGCCACCGUCUCCACUCAUCUCUCGCAGAAAUCCAAUGACAAACAGAACGGAGAGACCAAAAUUGAACCAGAUAGAUCCCAGUAAAGGAGAUUUAUCUCUAGGUUACCAAGGCUUUUGAGACAUGCGUCCUGCUACAACCAAGCUGAGGAGAUGAUCAAGACAAUAUCUUUCAAGCAAACUCUUGAGUUUGCUAAAUCACAUUCAGUUUGCAACUUCAAACGAACAAGUCACCAAAGGAUGUGGUCGUUUUUGUCACAUUUGUGAUGAUACAAGUGUACGAGUGAGAAUGGUGCUGAAAUAUUGAUAUGUACAAUAUGUACAUAAAUUACAGGAUCAAUGGAUACCUUAUGUGGAACUGUCAUAUCAGCUUUGAAGCGGAAACAUAUUUGCCCCUUUUUCCUGGUUACCACUGCAUCACCAGUUGAUUUGAAAUGAGAAGUAAAUUCAUGAGGAAGAAGCCUGUCCAAAAAGACUCCCUUUGGGGAAAAGAAAAACUUCACCACCAGCAUUUGCUCCAAAUGUACAUGGAAUCGGACAAACCAUUUCAACAACCAACUUCAGAGCAUCACAUGAUUUAUCAAUCAGCUCUAUUGUCUCUUUAUCCAAAGUACAGAUUAUAUAUGAUCAAAUAAGACUGGUAUAAUUGAUGGACAGUGACAUUAUGGGAGUAGAUCAAUUGGUGUUUGGUGUUGUCAAAGACCACAGCUACUGUUGAGACAACUCUUUUUUUCAACAAUUCAACCGAUGGAGUGCAAAUACACAGAUGUUCCGCACUCUUUGAAGUCUUCGCUUUUGAAAAUGUGCCAUAACUUUGUUUCAUAAUAAAUGUAUUUAAGUGUCUUGUGUGCAAUCCUUAUAAUAGGCAAUAUCCUGUAUUCUUAAAGGUUCUGUAAGCGAUAUAAGCUGUUCUAGAAUCUCCAUCAACUGAGCCGUUGGAUUAGCCACACCCCCUGUUUCCAAAACCCUGCACUCCAAAGAGUCCAGAUGAGUUUUAUUUUUACUGAGACCGACAUCGAGCAGGAGCUGUUGUCAAAAGCAACAGCAGCAAAAUAGCACCCUCAACUGACAACUGUUAUGAGCAACAUAGCAUAAAAAUGGCAUUAAGCCUCAAUAAUUCGCUGCAGCUACAAUACUAUGAGAACAAGCAAAAUUAUUGACAGGCAGAAAGCAUCAGAGACUGCAGACACAGAGCUGUCAUAGAGAAAGGUGUGAUACCUCACAACACUUAUUUCAUUAAUAUAUUUCGGGGAGUAGGACAUUUUUUUGCAUACCUUUCCAUGAAAAAAAAAAAAUUGCUUACAGCACCUUUAAUCAUGUUUUUUUUUUAUUUAUUUUUUUUAUUAUAUAUUACCAAAAAAAAAAAAACAUGACAAUCUGUAAUAAAAACAAAGUUUCUGUAAGACCCAAUGGUAACACUUUACAAUUAGGUUCCAUUUGUUAACAUUAGUCAUCAUGAACUAACAAUGAACAAUAUAUUUUUAUAGCAUUUAUUAAUCCUGGUUAAUGUUAGUUUAUAAAAACACAACUGUUCAUUGUUAGUUCAUUAAUAUUAACGUAUACAACGUUUAAUUGUAAAAAGUUAACAAAUGGAAUCAUAUUGUAUAGUGUUAUCGACCCACUUUGAGAUAUCUAUUUUAUUCAUGUUUCCUUAAACUCGAGAUAUUGAUUUUAAAAGAAAUAUAUGAUAUAGACUUGUAGGGACUACAGACGACUAAAUAAAUGAAAAUGAUGACAAAAUCUCUUUUAGUUUUAGAGACUGACAUUCAUAUCAUUUUAGUUUCAUGCAGCUGGCAUUCAGAGUACACAUAUACUUCCUUUGUAUUCGUAGAGGGUAAAAAAAGAACCCGCAUUGGUCUGCUGAUCUACUCAUAGUUCUUCCUGAAUUUGCUAAGUCAAAUAACACUUAGUUUAAGCCACAACACCAGAAGCUUGCAGUAUUUAUUUCAAGAAGCAGUUACAGUAAUAUUACAGGAUGACCAGACAGUUUAACUCAGGUGUAAAGUAGGCGUACUUAGCCUAGAUGAAUGUUGUGGAUGUCUUUAUCUUCAGAUAAAAAAGAACACUGAGGAAAUGUAUUAAUUGAAUGCAUGUUGAAUAAAAAAUUAUUUAAUAAAAUCCUGACAAAAUGAGUAUUAAACUUGGAAAUCAGUACAUCACUUUGCAGAAAUCAGUGAGUCUAUGUAUGGUACAGCAUACUACCACACUGCUCUUACUAUUUCUGCAGUAUAUAGCAUGUCUACUGUACAUAGCAUGUGAAUUUUCUGUAUGCAUGGAAUACCUGGAUGACCUACCACCAGGGUUGGGAGAGUUGGGAGGGUUACUUUUAAAAUGUAUUCCACUACAGAUUACAGAAUACAUGCUGUAAAAUGUAAUUUGUAACGUAUUCCGUUAGAUUACUCAAGGUCAGUAACGUAUUCUAAAUACUUUGGAUUACUUCUUCAGCACUGGUAGAUUUUUUCACUUGUUUUGACUAUAAAAACUCUGCCAGUACAGUAAGACAAAAUACACAUGUUAAACAUACAUUCUCUGAAAAACCUAAAUAUCUUAUGUAGUGUUGUUUCUAAAACAAGAUAAAUCAAAUUGAUCUUGUUUUAAGGAUUUUUAGAUAUUUUUACAGGAAAACAAUACAAAAAUUAUUAUCAAGAAUACGAUUUUUGCCCUAAUAUCAAAGGUCUUACUAGAAGAAAAGAAAUUAUGAUCCAACGUGAAUUUUCUUGAUAAAAAAUAUGAUCGUGUCUGGUAACGUGCAUGUAAAAAGGCUAGAAAUAGCAUUUUAGCUUAGCGUAAAGAUGACAAUUUACACAAGGUUUAUUUCUAUUUCUUCUGCUCCAAACUUACUUCAAACGUACUUCUCUGUCUGCUCGUAUGAAUGUAACACAUCAUAAGAAAGUGUUUCACAGCUUUUCAAAUGCACUUUGGAUCGCAUGAUUUAUAUGUAUAAAUGUUUUCCAUCUGAAAGGACUAAAUAUUAAAUGAAACAAAUGACAAUAAAAUGCAACGUUAUCUCUUCAGUAAUCAAAAUACUUUUUGAAUGUAACUGUAUUCUAAUUACCAAUGAUUUAAAUUGUAACUGUAGUGGAAUACAGUUACUUAUAUUUUGUAUUUUAAAUACGUAUUCCUGUUACAUGUGUUCCGUUACUCCCCAACACUGCUUACCACGCUUUAAUGUGCUAUCACGUAGAUCGGAAAUACGAGUUUGCCACUGGGCAAUUGCACAUGAACAUAAUUAAAGUCAGAAAAUAAUAUUAAAAAGUUCAGAUUUAUUUAGCAAGUUCCCGACUUGGGAAGCCACGCUGACUGGUGAUCAUUCAGAAAUCAAUAAAAAUCUAAGUUUUAUUACUUUUAUGCUGCCUUUAUGUGCUUUUUGGACCUUCAAAGUUCUGGCAACCAUUCACUUGCAUUGUAUGGACCUACAGAGUUGAGAUAUUUUUCUAAAAAUCUUAGUUGGUGUUAAGCAGAAGAAAGAAAGAGGGUGAGUAAAUGAUGAGAUCAUUUUCAUUUUUGGGUGAACUAUUACUUUAAGCAUGCAA